AUGUCAGUCCCAUCAAAGAACAUUGCCACCAUGCACACUGGUAAACGGAAACGCGCUCCAUUGAGUAAACAACGACCACCUGAUCCAUCACCACCCGAGCCAACAUGUUCCAUAUGCAUGCAACCCUACACACGCCGCACUUUUCUUCAACCCUGCUUCCACUCGUAUUGUUUUCUUUGUAUUCGUCAGUGGAUCAACAUCGUACCACAAUGUCCUCUUUGCAAGCAAGGGAUUGAUUCCUUGAUAUACAACAUUGAUGAAGAAGCCAACACAUUUCAAGAGUAUACACUUGCAGACAACAAGGUGCACAAUCCUCCAGAAGAACCACCCGAGAUGACAUUACAAGAUCGCGUAGUGAUGGCUCGAAGACAACUUUAUCAAUCACCCAUCUCAUCCGACAAAGCCUCUUAUCCUCCUCCUCAACCUCGUUAUGCUCAAAUCCAACUUGUCACCCCUGAAUUAAUGCCAAAGGCCAAGAUCUUUGUGAACCGAGAGAUACCAGCCGUCAUGGGUAAAUCAUGCGAUGAUUUCAUUGAGCGCCACAUCAACGCUGUAUUGUUGACUCCGCAUGAAUCCAAUAUGAAAGCCACCAAAAAACGAUCCAAGACGACUUCUUCUUCUUCAACAACAACAACGCUUAUGACCAUGGAUGAUAUUGUACAUGAACUUGGUGAAUGGCUUACAAUUGGUUCAAGGAAUAUGGAUGGUGAUGCUGUAGCACGCAAGUUUUUACAAGAGCUUAUGGCGUUUCUGAAAAGUGGAUUGGAUUAUUGGACAUUUGUUUCAUCAACAGCCUACGACGAUUGA